UUGUAUAUCACUUAUCGAACUUAUUAGGGAGGAACUUUCACUAGCUUCUGGUGAGUAUCACAUAGUGUCUAAGAAUAAGGAUUUCAGAAAAAAAGACACCUUAAGUGAUGAUACUAUAGAAGACGAAGAUUCUCUUGCGGGUCAAGGGGGAAAGAGAACUGAAGUUACUACGCAUGAUCAAGCGACAAGUCCAAUUGUGAUAGAUAAUUCGACUAAUCAAACAACUGAAGAUGACAUUGCUAAUACACAAAUCCAAUCAUCAAGAGAAACAUCCCAAGAACCAAUCGUGAACAGAAAAGAUUUCGAGG